AUGGUACUAUGUAUCUUUAAAGAGUUUUAUAGAUCCCAUACUAUGUUAGGUAACUGGGAUAUUACUUUUAAUUUAUGUGCUGAACAUCAAUUGAGUAUUUGUAAUGGAACAGUAAAAUAUGCAUGUCAAACAAAUUAUGGACCUGAUGGGUUUUUUUUGGAUGAAUAUGAUUUAGGAAGUUUAAAUAAAACAAAUUUCAUCGAUGAUGGUGUUAUAUUAACAUAUAGAGGGUAUAUAAGUCCUAACUCCACCAGAGGAACGUGUACAGAAGGUGCAUAUGAAGUAAACUAUAGAAUUACCGAUUUUAAUUUAUUGUGUGAUAAGGGUGUUGACAAUCUUGAUGUUUCAAAUGUAAUUCAACCAAUUGGUUGUUUUUAUAAUGUUACUCUUAAAAGUAAAAAAUUUUGUGAAUGUUCAUUGCAAUGUAGCCCUCCACAUGGUAAAUGUGUUAAUGGUGAAUGUGUUUGUGAUCAAUUUUCAAAUGGAACAUUUUGUGAAUACUUGAUAAUUAUUUUUGAUUCUGUUAUAAAUACUACAAUUAAUGGUGGAAUAGGGUAUAUCCAUUUCAGUAAUUUUUCAUUGGAUUCUCCAAUAUUCCAAUUAAAACUUGGUGAUGUUUAUUGUAAUGAUGUCAUAUUAUUAAACAGUUCAACAAUUCAAUUUUCAAUUGGUCCUGGUAUUGGUAUUUACAAUGUUGAAAUUAUUAAUGGAAAUUCUUCAUAUUUGUCUCUUAAUUCAUUUGCAUACCAAUGUAAUACUGAUUGCUCUCCUCCCCAUGGUAAAUGCGAUUUAAUACUUGGAAGUUGUUCAUGUGAUACUCAAACUAAUGGAACAAAUUGUGAAAAUUCAAAAUUGUUUUUAAAUAAUAUUGACCCAACUGAUGAAAAUGGUGGUACAACUUAUUUAUAUGGUUAUUUUGGAAAUACAACUUCUAAUUUAUCAAUAAUGAUUGGAGAUAACUAUUGUAUGAAUAUUGAACAAAUAAAUGAAACAUUAAUUAAAUGCGACGUUGGAAAGGGUUCUGGUUUUAAAGAUGUGAUUUUAAAAGAUAGAGAUUUAAUAGUACAUGUUUUGAAUUUAUUUCAAUACUUUAAACCAAUAACAACAAACCCACCAAAACGAUGUAUUGGUAAUUGUGGUGCUCCAAAUAAUGGAAUUUGUACUUCUACAGGUUGUAUGUGUAUUUCACCAUGGAUAGGUAAUGACUGUAAAUCUAAAAUUAUUUCAAUUCCUCAACCAUCAUUAAAUUAUUCGAAUCCAGUUACAGACAUACAAUUGAUUGACAAUAAGGUAGAUACUAAACUAUUCCGUUCACUAGUAUCAAUUGUAAAAUUAAGAGAAUUAGAUUUCCAGUCUAAACAAGUGAAUUCAUUUACAUUUAUAGAAUGGGAAUAUUAUAAAAUUAAUGAAUCAACAAAUCAAUAUAAAUCAAAUAUUACAAAUUUAGGUUUAACUACUUUUAUUAAUGUAACUUUACAAUGGUUUGAAAAUGAAACUAAUGUUGAAUUUUCAAAUCAAAAUAUUAAAAUGAACCCUUCAUCAAUUAAAUAUACAAUUGAAAUUUCUGAAUAUAAAUUCAGCAGUAACUUAAAUCAAUUACAAUUAGUAAUGAUGGCUUCAUUGUCUAUUAAUAAAACAAAUGAUAUUUGUUCAAAUAAAGAGUUUAGUGAAACUUCAAGUGGUGAUGAUUCAAAUUAUUUAAAAAUUCAAAUUGAUGAUCAUUCUUUAUAUGGUAGAUUUAUAAAAAGAGCAUUAAUUGAUUCAAUUCCAAGAUCAAUUGAUAAUGUUCCUUUGGACUCUUCAAUGAAUCAAGUUGAUAAUGCUUCUUUGUCUCAAUCAUAUAUUGGUAUUUCAGUUCCUUAUUUUAAAAAACAAAUAAUAAUUGAUCCUGAUUUUUCAGUACUUCUCAGUUCAUCUGAUUCUUUCAAAUCUGAAUCUUCAAUUUGUUCAUUUAAUAAAGAAUCAAAAUUUUCAGGUGGAUUAAUUUCAGCAAUAGUUUUAUGUAGUUUUUUUGUAUUUGCAAGUUUAGUAACAAUGGCUGUAUAUAGCUAUUAUAAAAAAAGAUAUGACAGAAAUAUAGUAAAAGAAAUUCAAUUAAAAUUAUCUAAAAGACAAGUUGAUAUAUAUAUGUAA